GUACACUACCUUGACUGUUUCUAAAGGGCUAUGAGCGCAGAUCCGGGAGUUGAACAAGUUGAACUGCUGAGCAGUCAUGUUUUUACAGAAAAAACAACCGUGUAAAUACGUUGAUAGCUACACGUUUUAUCUAUAGGAAAUUCUAUUUUAUUUUCAGUUUUGAACGGAAAACUGUUUUCUUUCGCAGAAGGGGAGAAAGUGAGGAACGUUUUCUUUUCGUACUCUUUUGUAGGCAUACAACCACUUGUCGAACUAUUGGGAAUAUCUAUGGUGGAGUUUACAGCCUAUUCAUUCUGCUACCCCGGAGGGAACAGCGAGCCUCGAGAGUAAUCACCGAGAUUGCAACUUUAUUUUUUCUCACGCUUGACUUGACAAGCAGUCGUACACCUGUUGCAAAAGAGAGGCUGGGGAUAAGCCUGGGUGGCAAGUUGACCAUCACAGGAGCUGUGAAGCAGGGCCACUCUGAACUUCAGCUACCUCUUUUCAUUUUCUACUUUUGAGCGAGAAAACAUGACUGAGAAAAAGAAUGGAGGCGCGGGGGUGACCUUCCUGACCCCAUGUCGUGUGGCGGGCGUGUGUCUGACCGUGGUGCUACUUGGGGGGAUUGGAGCUGCUGUCUGGGCUGUAGUAACAUUUUGUAUCAGAGAAGAAGACACAGGAUUAUAUGAUGUCCAGGUGAACUCCAAUCCAAGCUCGGACCUACGUCUCCGGGUGUUUGACUCGGCCGAGCGACGGUGGAGACACCUCUGUUCCUCAGAGGCCAACCAGCUCCUGGCCAACAUCAGCUGUGAGGAGAUGGGCUUUGUAAGCGUGGUGAAUUACUCUGUGUCCAGUAUCCCUGAAGGCAGUAACGACCGUGAGGAGUUCUUCUGUGUCAAAGAGAAGGAGCUGACUUAUGGAAAGAAGAUCAAAGAGUCUCUAUAUCCCUGUGACUGUGAAACUGGCCAGGUCCUAAGUCUGCUUUGUCAAGACUGUGGCAGGCGUAGUCUGACAGAGGACCGUAUAGUAGGUGGUGUAGAUGCUAGGCAGGGUAGCUGGCCGUGGCAGGUCAGUCUGCAGUAUGACGGGGUGCACCAGUGUGGAGGCUCCAUCAUCUCAGACCGCUGGAUCGUCAGCGCAGCCCACUGCUUCCCAGAGAGGAACCGUCAAGUGUCUCGAUGGAGGGUGCUACUGGGCUCCAUCUACAACAAGCUCACACAUAAGAAUGUUAGAGUUCUUGAGGUAAAGACUGUGGUGUACCACAGCAGCUACCUGCCCUUUGUAGACCCCAACAUAGACGACAACAGCAGAGACAUCGCUGUCCUUGCUCUGGCCCAGCCUCUGCACUUCACAGACUACAUCCAGCCGGUGUGUUUACCCCACUACGGCCAGCGCCUGAUUGACGGCCAGAUAGGGACAGUGACAGGCUGGGGAAAUGUAGGUUACUAUGGUACUCUUGCUGACGUUCUUCAGGAGGCUAACGUGCCGAUCAUCAACGACGCUGUCUGUAACGCCCCUGAUUACUAUGACAACCAGAUUACCACCAGCAUGUUCUGUGCUGGCUUUGAGAAGGGUGGUACCGAUGCCUGUCAGGGGGACAGCGGGGGCCCAUUUGUGGCUGAGGACUCCCUGUCCAAGGCCAGCCGCUACCGCCUGCUGGGGGUGGUGAGCUGGGGAACAGGCUGUGCCAUGGCCAAGAAGCCUGGCGUCUACACCAGAGUGUCCCGCUUCCUACCCUGGAUCUCCUCAGCCAUGAGGACGUAUCACAAUUCACCAGGAGUGCACAAAAUGGCGCGUACAUGGGAGCACUGACCUUUAAGUAUUAUCCAUUCAGACUUACUGCACUUCACCUGUCCAAAAACCCAUCCUAUUAGGGGAACCUUGUGCAGAAAUUGGAUGUAUAGGUAAAUUCAGCUAGAUUACCUGAGGAAACCCUUGAAAUGAUAGCUUGACCAAAGAAUAAUCAAUAGGUGUAUGGUCUUGUGAAAUGAGAAAGCAUCAAAUGAAAAGGCUUAUGGGACUUGCAAUGACAAAGUCAUAGAAAAUCACCACUCUGCCAGCCAAUGUACAGGUUGUACUGUCAUGGGGAUCAGUUGUAUGUCAUUAAAGGGUUCAUUUUUGUA